UAGUCAUUAAAAUGUAAACAACAAAAUCUAAACAAACUUAUUACAAGAUAUCAAUUGUAAAUGGAAUUAUAAUGACUGACGGGCGGGAUACUGUUUGAAUUUUAUGUGUUCAACAAGGAACCCUAAUACUCUAAUUAUGAAAUAAUGUCAAUUCACGUAUAUGUUUAACUAACAACACAGUUUUGAACUUAAAGUACAGUCACCUGCAACGACAUGUGUAAAAUUUUUACGUUUACAUUAAAAACAUAACCUGACCUAAUACUAACGCAAAUGUUCUUCAAAAGUUUAAGAAAGCAAGUUAUAAAGCAACUAAAACAGAAACCGUAAUCUCCACGUUACUACAGUUUGCAAUCAAAAAUAGGUUAACGAUCAAAAGUUAGGUGUUAAUAUUAGCUUAAGUGUUAUUUGUUUGCAAGAUUGUCAAAUACAAUUGACAUUCAAAGACGAGAUACCUACCUACAUUUUUUAUGUAUUAAGUAACUCUUAAAUGUUGUUAUUAAUAAAAUAUUAACGCUAACUGUACCUAAACUAACCUUUGAUCACACAUGCUUACCUUUGCUGUAAAUUGAAACUUUUGUUUUUCGUUAAAAUAUUGGUAAAAUUUUAUAUUUGCUGAUCAUAAGGAACAUUUUUAGGCAGUGCUUGUAAACCUUUUUCGCAAUGUUAAUUUUCACAGUUUUGCAUUGAAGUUUAUCUAAAAGUUUUUAACUUUUACGACAAAAAUGUUUACGAUUUCUUUGUCUGAAUUUGCAAAAUUUUGGUAUAAAUCGAGACCCCGAGUUCAUUAAAAAGAAUUAAAUCAGUGUUAUUAUACCGUGUUCAUCAAGAACCUGCAAAGUAUUGUGAUUGUGCUUCAACGAGAGGAUUCCCUGCAAAAAUCAUGUCGGACAUUGAGUAUUACAACAAGAUUGAAGCCAAGCCUCGAGCUGCCCGCAAGCGGGAGGACUUGGAGGACGACGAGCGCCCCAUUCAGCGACCUCGGAAGGCGAGCAAGGCGGUGUUUUACGAUUCUGAGGACGAGCAUGCUAGCAAACGUACAAAGACACUAAAGAAGCCCCCACCGUCUAAGCGCAAGUCUGCUGCAGGCCUUGAAAAAGAUCUCUUCGAUUCGGAAGACGAACAAGUUCAUAAGCGAGUCGGCAAAGAGACGAAGAGACCUGCAGCGUUGAAGCGCAAACGAGCUCGGGCUGACGGUUGGGAGCUGGAGCUGGACGACGAGGAAGACGUCGAGGCCAGCAGAGCGCGCGCCGCGCCCGGCCGCCUGCAGUCCGUGCUCACGCGCCGCGUGGCGGACGGCAACCUGCGCAGCACCGCCAACCUGCCCGGCGACCUGUUCGUGGAGCUGCGGCUCUACAACGCCAAGGACAUCCGCUCGGUGGCGCCCAAGGAUCGCUGGGAGAAAUCGGUCUUGGCGCUCAAGUACCAGACGGAUUCUGACGCUGAGGAAGUGAAUCUCUUGCGCCAGUUUAUUAAGAGAGCGCGCGCAGAAUUCGUUGAGGAAGGUACAUUUUUCCCCAAUAGGAAGUAGGUAGAUUUAGGUACGAGUAGUUUUAGUUUUUAUUAUAAUUUGUAUCUUAGUUGUAAGUUAUUGAAAUAAUAAAUACUUGAUUAUACUUUAUAACGUACUGAGUGCUCAAUCUAUUUGAUUUUAUUUAUAACAACCCUUUCCUUAAGUAACUUUUGUAUUUGUAACAUAAAAUUAAAUAUUAAAAAUGUCGAACAGAUCUAUAUACUGUUCGGUUUGUGAUAUUUCCGUCAAAAGUAAAGCUUUCUCAGCUCAUCUUAGAAGUACGAUUCAUAAAAAUAACUCAGCCGUUGAAGUAUGUGAUGGUAUAGAAAAAGUAGCCAGUGCUUUCCGUAGUCGAAUCGCAUCGUACCGAUUGCGC